AUGCUUUCUCUCUUCUUCCAACCCUCUAUGCCUCUGGGAUUCUUCAAUGUUAUAUCUUUCUCGCUGCACUGUCUCAACAGUAGUCCAGGACCCGUCAUCGAUAGCGACAUCUAUGAGCAUCCUCUGCAUCGGCCCGUAAACCUGCUGGACUCGAAUGUCCAUGAAUACGACUUGCUUGACGGUACCGCCUGGACGAACACUUUCAGACUCGAUAUCCUCUCCGAUGGUUACCCGUAUUCUCUCAAUGACACCGAUCUCAGUAUACGCGUCACGCCUCUGAUGCGAGCGAGACGAGCUUCACUUGGUGCUCAUUCGUCUGAUGAACGACCGCUAACUUAUACCUUGCAUGAAACUACUGGCAUCGACCUCCGCCCAGUCAGCGUCACUGGAGACGUAAUAUCUCUCGACGACAUCUAUAACUGGAAGACUGGUGAGAACAACUACCUUGAUGACGUAGGCGACAUGAAGUGCGAUCACUACAAUCAAGUUAUCUUCACCAUGCAGACCAUCCUCCUCGUCGCGUACUCCAUCAACUUCUACACGAUCCCACCCAUCCUCGACAGGAAAGCGCACACCUCAGUUGCUACUGAUUCUUUCGGCUGGGUCGAGGGCGCCAGCGCAACACUGACCUCCAUCUCAAUCUGA